AUGGCUCGAUCAGUCUGCGCCGGAUUCGUUUUGCUCGUCAGCACCUCGCUCCUCCUGACGUCUGCAUGGCUGAAGCAAGCACAGGCCGCCACCUACACCAUCCCUUGGGAUCUUGUCAGGACGAGAGGGGUGCAGCCUCCGGAUCUGGUCACUCGUGGCGAUACAAUCGUGUUCAAGUGGACGGACCUGGCAUGGCAUGAUCUGUGGAUCAUGGACGAUGAGAAAGCGUUCAAGAACUGCGACUUCACUCGGGCAAAGCGCCUCCGACCACUUGUUGUUGGCGGGCAGUACACGUACAAGGUGACUGCCAUCUGGGAGAUUUUUCCGCUCUAUUUCGCCUCGAGUGGCAUCCUGCAGUGCCGCUACUACAAGGUGAAGCUGUCAGUCGUGAAGGAGAGGGAGAAGGAGCGGCGGAGGCAGCAAGCGCUGCGGCAGGCGGCGAGACGAGCGCGGACGCCGCCAACCAGCGCAAGCGGUGCUGGCGGCGCCAGUGGUGGCAGCGGGGAGAGCGGGAAGGAGGGCGAGGGGGCGGUGAAGGAGGGACUGCUGAUAGGACUGGCGGAGGCCAUAGAGGACGCGUUUGGCGCUACCAGCGAGGGGCGAGGCGAGGUUGACAAGCUGGAUAUCAGCAAGGCUAUCGAGGACGCGUUUGGCGCUACCGACGGUGGGAAGGGGGCAGCUGACAAGCUGGAUAUCAGCAAGCUCCGCACCUGCUUCUCCUACACGGGUUUCUGGCCCACAGACUCCCGUCCCUACGGCUCAGGCGCACUGUUCACUGGGAACCUGCGGGCUGCUGACGUGGCGGACGCGCGGGAGAGGCUGGAGACAAAGCUGGCCGAGGGUGCUGGUUGCCCCGUGGCGGUUUUCUUUCUCAAGGAUGAGCGGCAAGAGAAGGAGGUGCGUGGUGCGAGCAAGGGGAUUGUUGCAGUGGUGGUGGUGGUCACAUGCCGAGCUGCUGAGUGCCCCCUGGCGGUUUCCUUCCUGAAAGACGAGCAGCGGGAGAAGCAGGUGUGCAUAGUGCAACCAGUAUCCUCCAUCGAUCGACGUCUCGCCCUCACCACUCUCACCGGCCUCUCCCGCUGGCCGCUCAUGCUGCUCUCCCUCCUGGGCUGCCUCGCCACCACUGCCACCGUCUCGGGUGUCAAUCUUGACCCCUAUAAAGUUGGGCUUGGGGAGUCAGCUCACCACGCCCUCCCUUUAACCCUCGGCCUUGCCACAGUCAUUGGUGUGGGAGAGGUGAGUUCUUUGCCUUCUCUGUCCCGCUUGCCCUUCUCUCUCUCCUGGGUGGGUUGCCUCGCCACCACUGCCACUGUUUCUGGCGUCAUCUCGACCCCUAUAGGGUGGGGCUUGGGGAGUCAGCACACCACGCCCUGCCUUUAA